CUUGGGGUUGGGUUGUAAAGCUAGUGUCGUCCCUUCCUUUGCAAAACAGUCUCUCCUCUGCUCCCCCAUCUGCAGUUUUUAGGGUUCUAUCGUAAUGGCAAUGGCUGCUCGAGUUAGAUCAGGCGUCACUGGUUUCACUGAGGCUCUGAUAACUGAUUCUCUCUCAACUCAGAGAUCAACCGUCGCACCGGCCUUGAUCUGUUCUAAUUUCACCAAUAUCGAGCAAUCAAGAAACUUUGCUUCUGCUUCUGCCCCAAAGGAGCCAAAGAUCAAGGUGCCUGUGGCUAUGUUUGGGGGCUCUGGAAACUAUGCCUCUGCAUUAUACAUUGCAGCAGCAAAAGCCAAAGCAUUGGACAAGGUUGAAUCAGAACUUCUUGAUUUCGUUGCGGCUACUAGUAAAGCCUCUACAUUUUCUCAGUUCAUGAAAGAUUUGGCAGUACCAGCAGAUACUAGAGUGAAGGCUAUAAAUGAAAUUUGUGCUCAAGCUAAAUUUUCAGAAGUCACAAAGAACUUCUUAGUUGUUUUGGCUGACAAUGGGAGGCUCCGACAUGUUGACACUAUUGCCAAGAGAUUUUCAGAUCUGACCAUGGCACAUAGGGGAGAAGUCAAAGCAAUUGUCACAACUGUGAUUCCACUCCCUGCUGAAGAGGAGAAAGAACUGAAAGAAACUUUACGAGAAAUACUUGGUAAAGGGAAGACGGUUAAGCUUGAGCAGAAGAUUGAUCCAAGUAUUCUUGGCGGGCUUGUGGUGGAAUUCGGGCAAAAGGUUUUUGACAUGUCGAUAAAGACCAGGGCAAGGCAAAUGGAGAGGUUCUUGCGCGAUCCCAUCAACUUUGAUGCCUAAAAAGGGUGGGUUUUUUUGUAUGUUGAGCAUGGAACUUCUGAAUUUAUCAUAUAUUAUGUAUAUUAGGUUGAUGCGGAGCCUUUGAUUGAUGACAUUUCUGUUUAAUUGAAUGAAUAAAAAAGCUACUCUUUUCUCGUUU